GCCUCCAUAGUAAGCUCAGUUCGGCAAAUUUACUGUCUUCUCCUUCGCUUUCUUUCUCCGUGGAUUCGCUGUGUCUCACAAAAGAAUCCAUGGCAGCAAUGGCAGAAGCUCCUGCGGUGGCUCUGAACGGAGGCAAGUUAGAGACGACGUCGCAGGCGUACCUGGAAGGCAAGGCUGUGAAGGAGACCAGAGCUUUGAUUUCUGAACUCUGUCGCCACUUCUACAAUCUGGGAUGGGUCUCUGGCACCGGUGGCAGCAUCACUGUCAAGGUCCACGAUGAUUCUGUUCCUAAAUCUCAGCAGCUUAUAAUCAUGUCCCCUUCAGGUGUCCAGAAGGAAAGAAUGGAACCAGAGGAUAUGUACGUGUUGUCCCAGGAUGGAUCGGUCUUGUCUGCACCUUCUCCUAAGCCUUACCCUCAUAAACCUCCGAAAUGUUCUGACUGUGGUCCACUCUUCAUGAAGGCAUACCAAAUGCGUGAUGCUGGGGCUGUCAUUCAUAGUCAUGGGAUAGAAUCUUGUCUUGUAACAAUGAUCAAUCCCCUAUCAAAAGAAUUUCGAAUCACUCACAUGGAAAUGAUAAAAGGAAUCAAGGGGCAUGGCUAUUAUGAUGAACUUGUGAUCCCGAUUAUAGAGAACACAGCCUAUGAAUAUGAGCUUACAGAAUCUCUUGCGAAAGCUAUUGAAGCCUACCCAAAAACCACAGCUGUGCUUGUUCGUAACCAUGGGAUAUAUGUUUGGGGAGACUCGUGGAUCAAUGCUAAAACUCAGUCUGAGUGUUACCAUUACCUCUUUGAUGCUGCUCUCAAGCUUCACCAGAUGGGAUUGGACUGGUCUACUCCAGAUCAUGGUCCAAUCCAAAGUGUUAGAAGUGAUCGAAGGAUUUAUUCAGAGUCAGAUGUGUCAGUUAAGGCAAGGAAAGCUAAUGGGGAAUUUAAUUUGCUCCCACGUUGCAUUGUUCUUGACAUUGAAGGGACUACUACUCCCAUAUCAUUUGUUUCUGAGGUUCUCUUCCCUUAUGCCCGUGACAAUGUUAGGAGGCAUCUAUCUGCUACAUAUGAUGCCCCCGAGACCCAAGAUGAUAUUAAAUUACUUCGGUCCCAGGUUCAAAGUGACCUGGAACAAGGGGUUGCGGGUGCUGUCCCUAUCCCACCUGAUGAUGCUGGGAAGGAGGAGGUAAUUACUGCUUUGGUCGCAAAUGUAGAAGCUAUGAUUAAAGCUGAUAGAAAGAUCACUGCCUUGAAAGAGUUGCAGGGUCAUAUAUGGCGAACUGGUUAUGAGAAUAAUGAAUUGAAGGGAAUCGUUUUUGAUGAUGUACCAAAAGCUUUGGAAAAGUGGCAUGACUUGGGCAUAAAGGUAUACAUAUAUUCUAGUGGUAGCAGGUUGGCACAAAGGCUUAUAUUUGGAAACACAAACUUUGGGGACCUAAGAAAAUAUUUAUCUGGAUUUUUUGACACCACAGUGGGGAACAAAAGAGAGGCAUGCAGUUACUCUGAAAUCUCUGCAUCUCUUGGUGUUGAUAAACCAUCCGAUAUUUUGUUUGUGACUGACGUUUAUCAAGAAGCUACGGCUGCAAAGGCAGCAGGUUUGGAGGUGAUAAUUUCUAUUCGGCCUGGAAAUGGAUCUCUUCCUGAAAAUCAUGGAUUCAAGACUAUCAACUCCUUCUUGGAGAUCUGAGAGGAAUCGCAAUGCAACAUUAUGGAUGUGGGUAUUGUAAUUUUGACACCUUUAAGGGAAAUGUUGUUGUGAGAUAUUUGCUUAAAUGGAUGGUUUUCGUAGCUGACCUCGUCUUUAUGAUACUGUUGUAAAAUCCAAGUUGGCUAAGGAAAUAAAUGAUCAGAAUUGUCAGUUUCACAAUUCUUUCAUGCCA